UCCGUCAAACAAAAAUUAUGGAGGAUUUAAUGUUCCUUGCUCUUCUCUUUUUUCUGAUGACUCUGGAUUCAAUUCAAUCAGAGCCUGUUGAACCACUCAAAAUAAAAAAUGUAGUAACAAUGGAUUAUCAUGAAAUCCAUAUUGGUCAAAUAGUGAGAUUAUUCGAUGAACAGUUUUACAUGCUGGAUGGAACUCCUGGUCGUGGAACUCAUAAGUUUCAUGUUGAAAUAGAACGCACAAGGUUAAUUAAAUUGACUGAAGAACAGAUGGUGCUUUACGAAAGGAUUAAACAUCGCCCCGGCGUUACCCAAGCUGAUUAUAUAUUACCAAAAUUCUUCUACGCGGAAGGAGAUGAAGUGCGUCGUAAAGUUGGUCGAACAUUUGAAAAAGUUGGAGAAGCUGUUGACUGGCAGACGAUGAUUGACCCUAAAACAGCUCAUUACUAUCAUCCAGUAAAAAUGGACCCUAGAGAGGGUGAUUGGUUGUUGAGCUUUAGACCAGUUCAUCAGGAAAACGUUAGUACACCAAGGCACCUUGCACAUGUCGCAACAUUCGUCAGAGGAGAAUGGCUCGCGGUGGAACUGCUUCCUCAUGCUGGAGCGUUUAGCUUCUGCCAGUUGUUGUUUGGCAGCGCUUGCAUCGUUUCCGCCUUAGCUGCAGCUGAUUCUCCACCAGUAAUAGCAACAAGUGCAGUGAGUUCAGCAAAAAUGGAAAUGAGUGGCAAAACACCUCCAACUUUCGAAAAUAUUAGGGCACGACACGUGGCCGUUGCAAUUGAUGUUUAUCAUCUACGCUUUUGA